CUAGGAGUGGCGCUGCGGGCCGGGGGCGGGUCGCGGUCCGCCCCUCCGUCCCUCCGUCCUGCCCUGCCGGGGACGUGCGUUCCACUCUCGGUCGCCUCGGAGAGGGAGCGAGGGAAGCGGCUGGAGGGUCGGGGACAAGGAACAUUCGCUUGAGGCUGGAGGAGGCUGAACUGCGUCCCCGCCCAGCCCGCGCCUAUGCGGUACUUGAAGGAUGGCGAAGAGGUCGCGCAGUGAGGAUGAGGAUGAUGACCUCCAGUAUGCUGAUCAUGAUUAUGAAGUACCACAACAAAAAGGAUUGAAGAAACUCUGGAACAGAGUAAAAUGGACAAGAGAUGAGGAUGAUAAGUUAAAGAAGUUGGUUGAACAACACGGAACUGAUGAUUGGACUCUAAUUGCUAGUCAUCUUCAAAAUCGUUCAGAUUUUCAGUGCCAGCAUCGAUGGCAGAAAGUUUUAAAUCCAGAAUUGAUAAAGGGUCCCUGGACUAAAGAAGAAGAUCAGAGGGUUAUUGAAUUAGUUCAGAAAUAUGGGCCAAAAAGAUGGUCUUUAAUUGCAAAACAUUUGAAAGGAAGAAUAGGCAAGCAGUGUAGAGAAAGAUGGCAUAAUCAUCUGAAUCCUGAGGUAAAGAAAUCUUCCUGGACAGAAGAGGAGGACAGGAUCAUCUAUGAAGCACAUAAGCGGCUGGGAAAUCGUUGGGCAGAAAUUGCCAAACUGCUUCCUGGAAGGACUGAUAAUUCUAUCAAAAAUCAUUGGAAUUCUACCAUGCGAAGAAAAGUGGAACAGGAGGGCUACUUACAAGAUGGAAUAAAAUCAGAACGAUCUUCAUCCAAACUUCAACACAAACCUUGUGCGACUAUGGACCAUUUGCAAACCCAGAAUCAGUUUUACAUACCUGUUCAGAUCCCAGGCUAUCAGUAUGUGUCACCUGAAGGCAAUUGCGUAGAACAUGUUCAGACUUCUUCUGCCUUUAUUCAGCCACCCUUCAUUGAUGAAGAUCCAGAUAAGGAAAAAAAAAUAAAGGAACUUGAGUUGCUUCUUAUGUCAGCUGAGAAUGAAGUUAGAAGAAAGCGAGUUUCAUCGCAACCUGGAAGCUUUUCUAGCUGGUCUGGUAGUUUCCUCAUGGAUGAUAGCAUGUCUAAUACUCUAAAUAGCCUCGAGGAGCACACUAGUGAGUUUUACAGUAUGGAUGAAAAUCAAACUCUGUCUGCUCAGCAGAAUUCACCCACAAAGUUCCUGGCCGUAGAGGCAAAUGCUGUGCUGUCCUCUCUACAGACCAUCCCAGAAUUUGCAGAGACUCUAGAACUUAUUGAAUCUGAUCCUGUAGCAUGGAGUGAUGUUACCAGUUUUGAUCUUUCUGAUGCUGCUGCUUCUCCUGUCAAGUCUACCCCCGUCAAACUAAUGCGAAUUCAACACAAUGAAGGAGCCAUGGGAUGUCAGUUUAAUGUCAGUCUUGUACUUGAAGGGAAAAAAAACAGUUGUAACAGUACAGACAGUGAGGCUGUUCCUGUAACAUCCCCAAAUGUGGCCAAGUUUAGCACUCCACCAACCAUCCUCAGAAAGAAGAGAAGAAUGCGAGUGGGUCAGUCCCCAGGCAGCGAACAUAGCGAUGGCUCCUUCAAUGAUGGUGGUAAUACAGCACUAAAGCACACACCGGUGAAAACACUACCAUUUUCUCCUUCACAGUUUUUCAACACAUGCCCUGGAAAUGAACAAAUUAAUAUAGAAAAUCCUUCAUUUACAUCAACCCCUAUUUGUGGGCAGAAAGUUCUCAUUACUACUCCUCUUCAUAAGGAAACAACCCCCAAAGAUCAAAAGGAAAAUGUAGGGUUUAGAACACCUACUAUUAGAAGAUCUAUAUUGGGUACCACACCAAGAACUCCUACUCCUUUUAAGAAUGCGCUUGCUGCUCAAGAGAAAAAAUAUGGACCUCUUAAAAUUGUGUCACAGCCACUUGCCUUCUUGGAAGAAGAUAUUCGGGAAGUUUUAAAAGAAGAAACUGGAACAGACAUAUUCCUCAAAGAGGAAGAUGAACCUGCUUACAAAAGCUGCAAACAGGAGCAUGCAGCUUCUGUAAAGAAAGUCAGAAAAUCACUGGUCUUAGAUAAUUGGGAAAAAGAAGAACCAGGGACUCAACUAUUGACUGAAGACAUUUCAGACAUGCAGUCAGAAAAUAUAUUUACAACAUCUUUAUUAAUGAUACCAUUAUUGGAAAUACAUGACAAUAGGUGCAACUUGACUCCUGAAAAACAAGAUCUAAAUUCAACCAACAAAACAUAUACACUUAAUAAAAAGAAACCAAACCCUAACACUUCUAAAGUUGUCACAUUGGAAAAGAAUCUUCAGUCAAAUUGUGAAUGGGAAACAGUGGUUUAUGGGAAGACAGAAGACCAACUUAUCAUGACUGAACAAGCAAGAAGAUAUUUGAGUACUUAUACAGCUGCCAGCAGCACUUCAAGAGCUCUCAUACUGUUACAACAGUUGCUUCAGUUGCCUGUUUUAGGUGUUUGCACUUAUUUCUUUUUUGAAAGAAUGUCUUUAUUUGCUUUUGUGUAGAGAUUUUAUGUACUUUUUUUGAGACAUAUAAUGGUGUGCUGUCAACUUAAACACUGACAGGCAAAUAGAAUUGUACACUGUAGUUGUAAUUAUUUAUAAUUGACACACUCUCUCCCUCUCCACUCCUGAAGUAUGCUGCUAUAGAAAAUAGCAGAAUCGGCUUGCUGCUAUGAGAGAAGGAAAGAGCCACCACCACUUGCACUGUGUGAAAAGGUAAAAAGCAAAUGAUGGCAAGUUCUCAAGUUAACUUAGUGGAAUCAACCAUUACCAGGCAAAUUCUUGCAAAUGCCAAAAUACUAUGCCUUAAAACAAAGACAGCUUAAGAUUUUCUGAUGUUUUUAUGUUAAUAGAAAUGGUAAUACUAAGUAUUUGAAUUCCUAGCUCUUGAACAGUAGACCUAAAAGGGUUUUAAGCUAUUUAAAUCCACUUGCUCAUUUUUGCAUAUUAUAUGUAGUGAGAAGUGAAGAAAAUGUAUGGUACUAAGAUUAUGCCUUGUUGAUAACAAAUAGAUGAACCAAUUUGAAUCUUCUUAGUGUGUUUGUUAAGUAUGUUGAUUGCUUCCUAAUUAGUGAACUUCUCACAGAAAUAUCACUUUAUAAAAACCAAUGAUUGUAGCAAAAUCGUACUGGAUCAUUUCUAUUUCAGUUACUUUGAACUAAUAGCACAAAAUGGUUUUUGUUUGUUUGUUUGUUUUAAUGUAGCCCAUAGCCCUUAGCUGGUUUGGAUGUACAUAGUCUCCAAUCACCAAAGUAUAAUAUCUUGGAAGAGCUAUAUUUUUUUAAAGCAUAAUUUUUCUUGAGCAUUAAAGUAUCCCAAGUGUAAUAUAUUGCAGAUAAGCUUGGGCUUAUUGGACGGACAUAGGACAUAUUUGGGUUGGUAUUGGUUGAAUCCUUUAGUUAACUGCUUUGUUGCUUUUUGCAAGAAGAUUUUUAAUCUUAAACGUGUCAGGCAUCUUGCAUCACCUUUAUACUGUUGUGUUCAUUUGAAUUUCUUUCCGUAUUUAUAAAAAUGCCAGACAUACAUGUAGCAGCCAUACUUGCAUGGAAACUGACUACACAUAUAUAAUAUUGCAUUUUGUUGUAAGGUUUUCACAUUAAUACAGCAAUUACCCUGACUAAAUUGAGUUUUUUGAUGUAUGGGAAAACUUUCCAUUGUAAGAGAAUCUUGCAUACAAUAUUGACUAUUAACAUCCAUAAUAAAGCAUCUGUGUACAAGCUGA